AUGGAUGAGGACGGAGUGAGACCGUCUCGCCACAUUCCACCACACGGACAACCGAGCCAACACGGUUAUUCUGUCAAUGGCACCGCUACCGACCUUCCAGAGAACAAAUUCUCGCCGGAGAGCGAUCGGCGCCUUGAAGGCAAUUCCCUCGAGAACGCCGCUCUCGAGCUAUAUGCAGACAUCUCGUUGAGCCGAGCGCAUUUCCUCCUUUUCAACUCAGACCGCGACGAUGUCGGCGCACAGGAGAAUCUUUUUGAUCGAGGCAAGGAAGUACUGGAAGAGGCAGUAUUGCUGUGCUUUUCAGGACAAUAUUCUGUGAGCAAGGCCCUGGUUGGAAAAUGCUGGUAUUUGAGGGGAUUUCUUGCCGACGUUAGUGGUGAUGACGAGAAUGCACUGAGAUGUUUCAUACAAGCAACGAACCUCGACGAGAACUACAAAACUCUUCAGAGAGUGAGAUGGCACCUCCAGCGUCAAGAAGACGUCGAACUGUUUGAGGCGUGGGAUGAGCCAGAUCAACCAAUCGAAACCAUUGACAUUGAAUACCGCUUGGGUGAGCCCGAUUCCGCCAACGACAUGGCGCCAACAACGUCAACCCCAAGCUCGGACAGAUCCAAUUUUCGGCAGAGUGAUCUGUACCACUAUCUUAUGUACGACAUAAACCAUAAGGACCUUAAAGAAGGCCAGCUCCUUGAAUGUGAUCCACUGGCCGUCACCACUUCAUACCGUCUGCAACACCUACCGCCGAUUGCCACCCCGUACAACGCCAACUUGAUGGAUAGUGUCGAUGCCUUGGUUCAAGAGAUAAUCAAUGGUCCUGGCGCUGCAACUCGAGCUUCCCGAGAUACGCACGAUGCGUUGAAAGGAUUCAAAAAUUCUCCCGUGAAAGACCCUUUUCUUGUGCGGCUGGAGGAUAGUAAGAAGAAGGCGAAAAUGGAAGCGGAUGAUCGGAUACGCCAUAUACAAGAGGCCAGGGCAAGGCAGUCUUCAGCUCAUUCUAGGCGGCUUUCAGGUCCGGAGAUUCUGCUGUCCGACACGCCCAGCAUCAGUGAAGAGCACUCUCCGAUUACGCACGCCGAAGAUGGCACCGCGUCCCGUCCCAAGUUGCUGAUCAACACCCGAGGAACCAGACGACGGUCAACAUCGUCAAAAUCAAGCAGAGGUUCGCCAGGUUUGCUGAGUCCAUUGAGAAAAACAUUUUUGCCGGGUGACGUGCAAGAUGACGCUGAUGGCUCCUCAUGA